UCUUGUUUAGUUAAACAUUUUUGGGGACUAUUUUUUUUUCUUAAAAUUUUUUAGGAACAUUUUUUUUUCCUUUUCCUCUAUCAAAUUUUGUUCUCUUAUCUGGCUUUAUAUAUUUUUUCGAAAUAAACUAAUUUUUCUACAAAUUCUGACGAAAAGGUGUCCAUUUUUCAUGAAACUUUGUUUUUUAAUUUUAUUUAUUUUUUAUUUCAAUUGAAUACUAGACUUCAGACUUUGAGCUAUAUAGUGUUUUUGUGGGAGACUGUAAAUAACUAUAUUUUUAUAAAAAUAAAAGUAAAAAUAAAGUAAAAAAUAUAUAGUCAAAACUUUGCUACUAUUAUUUUUACCACCACUGUACAUAUUCACUAGAGUAACAUUUUUAUGCGUUUUAAUUUAAAAAAAAUUUGAAUAAAAACUAUAAAAACCCAGUAGCAAGGUAAAUUACUUACCAGGCGUUCAAUCACAUUGAACUCGCAGUAGUCUUUUUGAACUUUUACAGCAGUUUUUCUUACUCUUAUUCACUUUUACGCAUGCAGAUACAUUCACACAAAUAUUUGUCUCAAAAGAUUAUGUACAAAGUUAUCUCAUAAUUUUAAGGUUCAAGAGCAUGAAAGCGAAUUUCAUUGCACACAAACAAAGUAGCGCGCGGGCAACGCACAAUACACUUUUGAGGUGUGCUUGUGUGUGUGUAUGUGUGUGAGUAUGUAUGAUGAAUGCUCAGAUGUGUCCGUAGAAUGUCUAGUCAAGUACAAUAUUUGUGUUGGGUCAACAAAUUUUAAUUGAAAUGAAGUUCUAAGUUAAGUGAGUGUCAGGCGUCGUUAACAUGACAUUUAUGCCAUUUAAAGUGCCACACUUGUUUGACUUUUUGGUGGUUAAUUUUUUUUGGAAUUUUUUAUGUAGUUGUUUUUUUUUUUACAAAUAUGCAAUAUAGCAACAAAUAAACUGUGUAACUAAGCGCAGUAAGGACAGUCGAAUGAACUUGCCUUUGAGUACUUGGGGUUUUUAUAAAAAUAAUACACUUUUUUUUGCUGCUUUUGUGCUAUUCUGUUUCGUUUUUUCCCCCUUUUUUGCUUUAACAUCAUUCGGUGAAGCCAAGAUUUAUUGCUUUUCCGUUGAUCUUUUGCUUUAACUAAAAAUACAAAUUUUUGAAUUCAUAAAAAAUAUGUUGACUUAUAUAGUUUUGCAUGGCUUUUCAGCUAAAAUACUUUAUGCGUUUAUUUAGCCAUUUCAUUUGUUCAACGUACGAGAAAGCGUUAAGAAGUAUUUUACAGUUGAGUGAAGUGGUUGUGGUGUAAGUUCUGAAUGUUCGGAGUUUGAAAAAGAUCCAGCUAAAGUAAAUUACUAAAUUAUUGUAAAAAAUAAAUUUGCUCUUAAAUAAAAAAUGACGUCACUAUUACGUACGCCCGCUCAGUUGGUGCUACUCGUCUUUUGCGCGCUUUGUUUGCAAUCCACCACGCAUAGCUUCGAUUUUUUAAGACGCCUUCGACGAAAGAAAACCGAACGACUAUGGACUCACCUCAUCGGGCAGAAGACUAUGGACGAUCUGCAUGAAGCCGAGAAAGGCAAUGUUCUCAUAACUGAUUUGGAUCGGAAUAUGCGUCAGCUCUUCGUUGAUGUGCGUCGCUAUUCAAUGAAACGUGCAAAUGAGGAUAUGGAAAAGAUCUACGAACAGAAUUUGGCCGAAGGCAAAAUGCAACCCGUCAUACCGCCAACACAACCAUUUCCUUGCGAUCUAAGUUAUGCGCGUUCCACAUUCCCACCAACUUCGGUGCAUCAGCUGCGACCGGGCGAUAUUGAUGUGAUUGCCUCCGUUGGUGAUUCGCUUUCUGCGGGCAAUGGCAUAAUGUCGGUUGGUGUGGUGGACAUUAUGAAUGAAUAUCGCGCAUUCUCCUUCUCCGGUGGUGGUUAUGGUGAUUGGCGCACUUAUCUAACCUUACCGAAUAUAUUGCGAGUAUUCAAUCCAAAUCUCUAUGGCUACUCUACCGAAAAUGAAUUGACUAUAGACAGUACAUCGCACUUGAAUAUCGCCGAACCGAUGAUCAUGUCACGAGAUCUGCCAUUUCAAGCACGCAUACUUAUCGAUCGAUUGCGUCAGAAUCCGAAUGUGAAUAUGGAGAACCAUUGGAAACUACUCACCAUAUUCGUGGGCAACAAUGACAUUUGCUCCGACAUGUGCCACCAUGAUAAUAUGACCGAUUUUCUGUACCGUCAUGAGAUCGAUAUGCGCCGUACACUCACUUUGUUGCGCGAUAAUGUGCCACGUUUGCUGGUCAAUAUAAUAACCGUACCCAAUAUGGUGGUGUCAAUUUAUCCGAUGCGCAAUGCGCCAUUUCGUUGUUUUGUUGUGCAUCAUCUUGGCUGUCAUUGUGUUUUCAGCCAUGCCGUAGGUGAGCGAGAGUUACAUCGAGCCUAUGAUUAUAUAAAAAAAUGGCAAGAGGUGGAUCAGUAUAUUGCGCAGUUGCCAGAGUUUCAAACAAAUGACUUCGCUGUGGUCUAUCAGCCGUUCCUGUCGCAUGUAGGCACACCAACGAAGGAGAAUGGUGAAACAGAUUAUCGUUACUUUGCAAGCGAUUGCUUCCACUUCAGUCAGUUCGGGCACGCGUCCAUGGCGAAUUCAUUGUGGAACAACAUGUUGCAGCCACUGGGUCAAAAAAGGCAGGACAUGGUGCCGGCAUUCAGCGAAAUCGAGUGCCCCAAUGAGCAGCAUCCGUUUAUAGCAACGCUCUACAACAGCUGGCAGAGGAAGUAAAGCAGGAAAGAGGAUCAGUUUUGAAGUACCUUUUCAAGCUCGUUGUGUUUUAAAUGUUUAGUUUUUAAACUAAGUAUUCUUUUUUUAAUCUUAUGAAUGUUUUAAAUGGUAAUAGAGUAGUUUUAAAUAUUUUAAUGUACAAUAUUAGUUAGAAUUAUCUUUCAAUAAAAAGUGUUGAAUUGGGUCUCAGGGAACUGUUUUC